AAUAAUGACUUGUAUUGUCUCAUGCAGGAUUAUUACAAGAUCAUUAAACAGCCCAUGGAUAUGGGCACUAUCAAGAAAAGACUGGAAAACAAUUAUUACCGCAGUGCCAGUGAGUGCUUGCAGGAUUUCAACACCAUGUUUACCAACUGCUACAUCUACAACAAGCCAACAGAUGACAUCGUCCUGAUGGCUCAGUCUCUGGAGAAGGCUUUCCUGCAGAAGGUCGCACAGAUGCCCCAAGAGGAGGAAGAGAUUCCUGCACCUGUCCCUAGGGGCAAACAGGGCAAACCUAAAAAAGGACACAAAUUAAGUAAGAAUGAGGGGGGGUGAACCUGAAAAACCGAU